AUGCAUGUUUUCAACAUCUUGAACGUGAAGGAUACGGUUACAAUCAGCACAUCAUCACCCAGACUCAGAGGCGGGAACGUGCGCAGACGAGAUCAAGGGGAGACAAUCCAGGAUAAAUACAUCAUCUACACGUGUAACACAGGACGAUGUGGCGGUCUGGCGGACAGACAGAAGGGGAUUGUCACAUCCUUUGUGUUAGCUCAGAUGCUUGGACGGCAGUUUGGUAUCAGUAUGUACAAGCCGUGUGAGAUCUCGGAGUUCGUCACUCCAAAGGACGUGAACUGGACUGUUGAUAGACGUACAUUGUCACGUUUACAAAAGGAAUGGAUUGUUGAUCUUGACGGUAAUGGCAUGGGUGUUGCUAUGGCUACAGGAGAUCUGGAAGCAAUGUUCCAGAAGGAGGGUACUAUGUACACUGGAAAUAUAGAUUUCGUCCCUUAUCUCAUGAAAAACCCGUUGUUUCAGAAAGUGUCUUGGGCUCGGAAUUUAAGUCACCUUGAUAUUUAUAAAUACGCAUUCAAAAAGCUAUUCAGACUUUCGCAUAAAACACAAAAUACAUUCGAUGAAAUAUUUGGAACGAUUGAUCCAAAUCACGAAAAGCUUGUCUGUGCCCAUAUACGCAUGGGUAAAAGCCGGACAAUCCCAAGAGAUAACAGUCGAAAGACUCUUCAGCCUCAUCCGGAAAGUUUGAUCCGUUUUUUCGAAGGGAAGGUACAUCCGGGAUAUGAUAGGUUGUUCAUUGCAACAGACUCUGAGCAGAUCAGGGUGCAAUUUCAGAAGGCAUUCCCUGACUCCUAUCUCGAAGUGAAAGGGCAGAUCGUCCACAUAGAUCGUCCAUCUGGAACAUUCCAGUGUUCGGGGAUGGAGAAGGUUGUCCUGGACCAGUAUAUAUUGUCAGUAUGUGACACUCUGGUGAUGUCUGUUAGUGGUUUCAGUCGACUUGCCGCCAUUCUGAGGGGUCGGGACGAUGAUCUGUUUUUGGCCACAGGAAAGAACAUAACAGCAAGUCCAAGACUUCCUCCAACACUGUAA